AUGUCCCCCAGACCCCCUUCGCCCAGACCGGGCUCUGAUGCCGCGAGCAAUCGCACCAAGGAGGAGAACCAGGAGCGUGCAUUCAUUGCCGCGUCCCGGCGCAAAGACCGCAGUCUGGAUGCGCGCAUCGAGUCUGCCAACCGGGCCUCGAGCCUGCACAAGCAGCGCACGGGCAGGGCCCUGCAUAUCACGCGCGAGAUUGUGCAGGAAGAGUCCAUGUACGAGGAGAUCGACGACACGUACCGCACCAAGCUGCAGCAGUACAUGCGUGCGCAGAACAUGCAGCUGAGCCGCGACUUUGACAACUCGCUGCUGGCCGGCUUCACGCCCUCUGCUGGCGGGAUGCCCUCGCUGCAGAUGCCCGCCAGCUCGCAGGGCAUGCAGAUGCAGAUGCAGCAGCCCCAGCAGCCCCAGCAGCCCCCAGCUGCCUCGCCGAGCUUCUCGGCCAGCCUGAAGAUGCCGACGCUGACGCAGAACCUGCCCUCGAUGCACAUCCGGCCACGGGGCUCGCACAGUGGGCCGAGAGGCGGCCACCAGCAGCACAACCCGCAGCGACGAGCAUCCAGCGUUGCACCCGCCGGCCCGAUCCACGCAGGACGCAAGAUGAGCCUCGACUUGACGCAGCUGCGGUCUGGCUCGAUCCCCGGCUCCAUCUCUACCCCCAGCACCGAUCUCACCGCGCCGUCGGGCAGCUUCUCACCGUCGUAUCCCACCCCAGGGCCCAUCCAGGCCCAGGCCCAGGCCCAGGCCCAGAUGCCCGCCUACGUUGCGUCCACCCCGACCUACGCGGUGCGCCCGCAACAGCAGCAGCAGCAGCAGAUGCAGACCUGGGACGGGCUCUUCCAGGGACACGCGAUGUCUCCAUCGUCUUCAUUUGGCGGCAUCCCCAUGCACACCCCCCAGUUCCGCAACCGCAUUGGGUCCGCGCCCACCAUCCCCGUGCGAGCACAGGCGCAGGCCCUGUCGAAUGUGCAGCACUCGCGGAACCGGUCGGAGCCCACGUCCUCUGCGGAGGUUCCCACGCCCUCCUCCUCGUCGUCGUCGUCCUUCUCGCUGGGCUUCUUCCCGCGCUGCGCAUCCAACUCCGACAGCACCUCGACCGAGAUGCUCACCACCUCCGGCAGCACUUCUCCUCACACCCCCGUCUCGCAGGCUUCCACCAACCUGCGCCAUAAUCUCUCCAGCCUGGACCUGACCGACUCAGACCCCAAGUUCGACGCCGACCAGCAGCUGCAGAAUUUCGACCUGCAUCUCGGCCUGGGCGCGUUCCCCCACCAGUCGACCGACCAGGACUUUGUCGACUUUAGCGACUUUGCGGCCACUCUCGACCAGAGCCAUACCAUGUUCCCCUUUAACUUUGCAGUCCCGGGGGACUCGGGCAGCCUCACUGCGGAUGCUGCUUUUGGUGAUGGUCCCGAUAUGAAGGAGUUUGUCACCUUGUGA